GACCUCUCCACCCGAACUUGAAGGAGACAAGACAACGACAAGCUACAACGUAUGCUGUACUGACAUUGCGUAUAGGACCAGCUGUCGUAGUCAUCGCCCAGCGGGGCGUACUUUUCCGCGGAGUCAUCUCACCAAUAUGGAAAGGCCGUUCAAGCAACGUUUUAUGGGCGAUAUCUGAAACUUCCCGACCGUCAAGCUGCGAGUUCUCGGUAGAGGGUAAUUAGACUUUACGAUGCCAGAUCUCAGCGGAUCUCGAGGCAAUCACUUGCUGCUAGUCAUUGUUUUGUUUGCCGACGGACACGAGCAAGCUUCCGAUUCGCACACGAAACCCCCUCGAGGCAUGCAGCUUUGCCGCUUCUACAACUUCUUCCUGCAAUCGCGUGGUUAUUACCGCGCUCUAUGCGAUAGGAUGGGUCUGCCGUCUGUCGGUGCGGCAGCCGGUAGUUCAUCGUAAAUCUCGUUGACCACCGCACUGCACGUGGUGUAAUGUUUCUCUUUUUCUUGUUUGCCUGAUUUAUUGUCCCCGAGGGCCACGCCCUAUGUCAGACAAUACAAGACGUAAUGCUUCUCAGAGCAUAUAAAGCCCGGCCAACUUGACUUCGACUUCACCAGCCUGGUCCUCACUACUGUAUUCUUGCUUCUUUUGUUUCGCUAGGACGGUUUGCUCUUCCGUCUUUGAAGCAGUUACACAGCAGUCCUUCGUCAUGCCUUCCCAGCCCAUGAAAAUCGUAAUCCCCGAUCUUGUAUCACACUGCGACUUUCCACUUCGAUGCAAUCCUUGCGAGGCUCAAGCAAGUCUUGAAUGCAAAGAAUGGCUUUUCCGCGGAGGCAAGAUGAGCGAGAAGAAGAAGAGCGCCUUUCACGGUCUGAAGGCGGGUCUCCUCACUUCCUGGUGCUACCCUAAAGCCUCGUACAAUGAGCUGCGCGUGUGCUGUGACUUCAUGAACUGGCUGUUCCACUUGGACAACAUCUCAGAUGACAUGAAUGACUACGGCACGUCGCGCACCGCGGUCGACAUCAUGAAUGCCCUUUACCAUCCCCAUACCUACAGCCCUGUGUCGCCAGAGGGCAGGAUGACCCAGGACUAUUGGCGCCGCUUGAUCCCUACUGCGACGCCCGGCACGCAGCAGCGUUUCAUGGAAACAAUGGACUUCUUUUUCCAGGCGGUCACUCAGCAGGCCGUUGACCGUGCAAAUGGCGUUGUUCCAGACCUCGACUCUUACAUUGCGCUUCGGCGUGAUACUAGCGGUUGCAAACCAUGUUGGGCGCUCAUCGAGUAUGCCUACAACCUCGAUAUCCCCGACGAGGUCAUGGAGCAUCCAGUCAUCGUGUCUUUGGGUGAGGCUGCGAAUGACUUGGUCACUUGGUCUAAUGUACGCCAUCCGGCAUUUUCCUUUAUGUGCCUCAUAUUCAUUGACGUUUUCAUGCAGGACAUCUUUUCGUACAAUGUGGAGCAAUCGAAGGGUGACACACAUAACAUGAUCGUGGUAAUGAUGAAACAGGAAGGUCUCGAUCUUCAAGGCGCCGUCGAAUUCGUGGGCAACCUUUGCAAGCAAUCUAUCGACCGUUUCGUCGAGGACCGGGGUAAUCUUCCAUCGUGGAGCCCGGAAAUCGACAGGCAGGUUGAAACAUACGUUGAAGGAUUGGCCGACUGGAUUGUUGGUAGUCUACAUUGGUCGUUUGAGUCCGAGCGGUACUUCGGCAAAACGGGUUUGGAGGUUAAGCAAACACGCGUUGUCGAUCUUCUACCUCGACGUUCUUGAAGACGCGUCUUGUCUAAUGUAUUAGAGGUCACCUGCCUUGCCUAUUCAAUGCGCCGUCUUGCUCUCCAGAAGCCAUAUCGACCAUCUCUAUAUGAGAACUCAACGUGCGUUUGUAGCUAUACCUGGUCCAUCUUGCUAUGUAUUUCUCAGAGCCGUCCUUCGCUCUCCGUUUCAUUUCCGUCCAUCUUCUAGAUUAUCCUGCAUCGUACAUUCAUCUAAUGCUUUUCGUUAUUAUAAAUCGUAGUAUCGCUUGGUUUAUGACUCUUGACUAGCACUGCCUAUAUGCAGUCUCUUUUCCUCGAUCGACUUUAUCUUAUCCCACUAUUUGUCUUUCACACUACAAUCCAUCUACCACAGUUCUGUAGAUGCAGGAUAAUGCCGCUACGCCUAGGUCGUAACCAUACACGCGUUACCCAUUCCCAUCUUCAGUCUACUUACAACGCAAUCCGUUCACACACCCCUUAAUCUUGCCUUUAAAGUAGACAGAAGUUCACGCUUAUUAGCUUGCCAUGUACGUACUAUCUACACCACCAGUAUGAAGUCGUUGAGGCUUGUGCCUCAUGCAUAUCCUCACUAGUAAAUAAGUCAACCGUAUUUGU